CAGCACCUGGCAUCACAAGGUACCACAUUGGGCAUACUUAGAUAGUGUGGUGCUGAGAUACAAGUUAUCAUGAACUCCAUCAGAAAAACUGAAUGGAGCAGCCACUGAAUAUAAUUUAAAAUGGUAAAAAUAGUGUUUAGAAUAUCUUAGUAAAUUUAGUUUUCUCAAUCACGUGUCUUGAAAACAACACCUGUUUUUUUAAAAAAAAUAUCGAAUUGGGAGGGAGAUAUGAAUUCCUUAGAAGCAGCUGUUUUGUGUUUGUGUCUGUGUAACUGCCAGAGUUGCCUUGGAGAAUAUGAAUAACAUUGUUCAGGCCCCCAAAAUACAGGCAAGUUUAAAUUCAGAUGCAUAAAGAUAUUCCAGCUGUAAAACAGGAUGUCUUGUCAGUAUAGGAGUUUUAAGAUAUAGCACUUUUUAUGAGGAAAUAACUCAAGUUAAUAGGGACUAGUUGUAACAUCUGACAUCUGGGUAUAACAGUGAACUUUUUAGUUUAAAAACUCUCUGUUUUCUAGAGUUAAUGCUAGAAUAUGUUUGAAUUAUCUCUUCCCUUUGCACCACAUGGUUAUUGUUCUGAUGUAAUAAUCUAUUUUUCUUAUGACUGAUCUAUUUCCUGACUAAACAAAUAGUUUAUUAUGAGUUUUCUCUGUCCUGACUUAUCAUCUAUGCAACAGAACAUGAUUCCUCAACAUGUUCUACUGCUUAAUUCUAAUGUCAGAAUGGGUCCCAGGUUCCUUUACAAAGAAUUCUGGAGUGAAAUUUCAGAUAGGAUUUUAACUGAAGUAUUUUCAAUUUUCCAGAGAAGAUGAGGCAUGUGUCAUGUAUUAUGCCCAGUAAUUGAAUGUUUGUCUUAUUGGAGGAUUUCUAGUAAAGGCAUAGAGAUAAAAAGAACCAUUCCCAGUUUUUUAUCUCAUUGCUGGAGAUGGAAUCAAAUUUUAGAAUAGUUGCAAGGUCUAUGUUCAGUUUCCAAAAAACUCACCAAUUCCAGAACCACAGCUGUUCUGCAGAACAUGCAAUUAUCCAAAUGCAAUGCAAGCAAUCAAACAAACUAAAUCUUGGUAUGCAAUAAUCCAGAAACUGUUUUACUGUUACAAUUAAUCAUUUGAGAUCAUUUGCAUGCAUACCAAAUUAAUGGUUACCAUGGGGGGAGGGAGUUAGUGAAAAUCUGAUAUAGCCAGGAAUGAUGGAUUUGUGAUCUGACCCAUCUGGAGGGCAUUAAGUUGGGGAAUGCUGAUAUAGUCUGAAAAUCCAGAACUAAAUCUUAAUCUGACAAUGAUGGUGAAUCCAAGCCCUAGCAUUUUUAAAAGAAUUGUUGAACGUAGAGUUGUUGAACCAUUAAUGCUGAUGAUAUCAUAUCAUUAAAACCCUAGGUUAGUAAAAAAAAUGUCCAAAUGGGUUAAACAAGGGCUAUCCCUCCCCCCGUUUAUGUCAAUGGGAGCCACAGCACUGUUUGUUAUCAAAGCCUGCAAGUAGGGGAGAGGGGAGCUGCUAAACUCUGGGUCAAAGGCUGGAUAAUAAAAGAGGUGGAGAGAAAGAAAGCCUCAUAGAGUUAGCUUGCAGCAAUUGAGACACAUUCAAGUCUUGAAGAAACAUGGAUGUUAAAGCAUGGUUGGCCUGUAUGCUGCUCCUGGAGCAAUGGAGCCAGGGGUUCCACUACACUGGAGCAAUUUUUGUCUCUCAAAAAGGAGGCUUUUCCUUAAGUGGGGUUCCCCGACCAUCGAAUAACAUCAGGGCAUUGGAACAGCCCAAUCCUGACAUACAUCUUACUUGGAGUAAGCUGCAGACUCAAGCAAGGCCUUACAGCCUCUCCCUCUCUCCUGAGGACUAUCACUACUCUGUGCCCAAGCCAAAGCAUUUGCGUACUUCCAAGCUGGUGAAACUUCUGGGAUCUUCCUAUGAACCUUUCUGGAUGUCUCCUGAGGACCCCCGAGGUCGAAACCCAAGCACUAAAGAACUGAGCACACAGAACCGAGAGCUGACUAAACAAACAGCCCGAUUUAGGAAGAAGCUCCUGCAGGAGACAAGCAGAUUAGAGCUUCCCAAGUUGCUGCCAUUGCUGCCUUUUGAGGAUGGGAUCACUCGUAAUUUGAGCCAGUCCUUCAUUUAUCAUCUAUGUGGAUGGCUAGUGGAUAGUGCAACCUGUUCUUUAACUUCUUCCUGGGUAGACAUGGGAUCCGUCUUCUGGCCACGCUGGAUACGCCAUACAUACUGUGACCUGAUGCAAGCUGGAUGUGCUUGGCCUCCAGGCAUGAUUUGCCAGCCAGCCCAAAUUACCAACAUCAAACUCCUGGCAUGGCAUUGUUGGAUAAAUGGAACCCAGGCUCUGAAUUCUAGAAAGUCUCGUAAGGAAUGUGUUUGGAGACAAAUUCCUUAUCCUGUUGUAACUGCAUGUAAAUGUGCCUGCUCGUGAUAUGGAUAAAGUGAAGUUUAUACUGCAGCAUUUGGACUUUGUGAGGAUUUUGUUGUCAUUUCUCAAUUAGAUGAAAGCUGGUCCUCAAGAUGGCAUUUGAACAAUAAUUGGAAUGAAAAUGAGAGAAGUAUUUCAUGAACCAUCUGAAAACCUGUGCCUGGAGGAAUCUUCACAGCUAUAUAAAAACAAAAAAAAAACAGGUAUUAAAGUUCUUUGUCAUAUCCAAGGAAUGCUAGCCAAAUGCAAAAUAGAAACAACAGCAUCUUUCUCAAAUGUGCAAUGAUGAAAUAUUAGCAGAAACUAAAUAUGUUUUAAUCAAGAGUUUUGGAACUCUGGAAAUUUAGUAAUAACAUUUCUUUUUUAACUGGAGGUGAUGCGUGAGGUUAAUGUGAAAAAAUAAAGGGGAAUAAGGAAAUAAAAGGCCAUAAUUAGAAUUUGGGUUAACUAAUCUCAUCAUAUUAUCACUACAUUACUAUAGAGGAUUGUAGUCUUGGUUAUACAUAAUGUAGUAACCCUCAUAUAUAAUAUACAUGGACCCAAACCUUGACAUUUUCCAUUGUGGGCUCCAUUAAAAAGUAAAAAAAAAAAAAAGUUCUGUUCUGUUCUGUGGUUUUGACCUAGGAUAUUACUCAAUGUACAUGACAUCAGGACUCAAAACAAGGACAAUGUAGUAUCAAAUUUAAACAGAUGUUGUGCAGUGUUUGAUCUGUGCAGGGUGGGAAUUCCUUGGCUUUUGCCUUGUAAAGAUGAACAGUAUCAUUUCUUUGAAAGAAUGACUGAUGGCUGUUUUUUUCUGCCAGUACAUGAUAUCAGGGUCCUCACUGCUAAGGCAGAAUUUGAUUCAGCAGUGAGGGCAGCAUGAGGUAUGCCAGCAUAUUUUUGUGCCAUCUCCUUGCCAGAAAAAAACACAUUAACACUGCUUUGAGGAAAAGCCCUAGCCAGAAGAACUCCUUAUUCAGCUUGAUUUAAUGACAAAUUAGACAAUAAGGACCUUAUCAGGAAUCAGUAUUGACGUCAUAAGGCAACAGAUCUGCCAAAAUGCAUUUCCUCCUAAAUCUUUUCUUACAAAUGCAUUAGAAAUCUAACAUUGCAAUACAAUUCUGAACUCAUAAGACAGAAUACCUCCAAAUUCUUUGAGAAUUUUACUUUAGACCAGUGGUUCUCAACCUUCCUAAUGUCACGACCCUUUAAUAGAGUUCCUCAUGUUGUGGUGACCCCCCAACCCCC